UAAAAUUGGUGAACUGCAGUGAACGAAAUUUGACGAGCACAUUCGAUGCCGGACAAUGGCCGAAAACGUCGAUCGAUGAGAUUACGUUUAUGAAAAAUAUAUUGAUUCAUAUAAAACCUUUUCCGUCAAUUGUCGUACAAAGAUUGAUACUUCGACAAAAUCAGAUUACGAGAAUAGAUAAUAGUGCUUUCAAAAAUAUAGUUAAUCUUACCGAGCUCGAUCUGAGUCAUAAUCAAUUGACUACGGAAAAUUUAAGUCCCCAUGUGUUCGAGGGUAAAUUUUCACCGGAAGCUUACGAGCCGCUCAAUUUGCGAUAUUUAAAUCUCGCUAAUAAUUUGUUGCACGCAUUGAAUCAGGAUAUCUUCGAACAUUUAGGAUCCCUCAAAGUUUUGAUACUUGCUAACAAUCCGUUAAAAAUGUUAAUAGAGCCUACGUCGUUAGCAAUAAAUAAUCUUCCAUAUUUGGAAGAACUUGAUUUGAGUUAUUGCGAUCUGAAAGAAUUACCUGAAUAUAUAUUUUAUAAACCCAGAUACUUAAAGAAAUUGCAAUUGAAUGGAAAUGAAUUCAUUGAAAUACCAAAAGCAUUAUCCAUGGCAAUGGCUUUAGAAAUAUUAGGUCUUGACGAAACACCAAUAAAAAUGUUAAACGAACAUAACGCGUUUCCCGUAAUGAACAAUUUGAAAGAAUUAAAUAUGUGUUGUAUGCCGAAUUUAAUUGACAUUGGUAACGGAUCUUUCGGUCAAUUAUCAAGCUUGGAAAUUCUUCGUGUACAAAAUUGUCCGUUGUUGAAAAAUAUCGAUGAGAAAGCUUUGACCAAG